GGAGUACUAGAAUGACCGGUUUGGGGACAGUUUCCCAGUGGAGGGAAAUCCUUACUUGCUUCAUGUCUCCAACCAGCAGGAAGCGCAUGGCGGCCUUGAAAAGCUUUUCUGCCUGAAACGAGAAGGUGACGGGGAGCGGUCAGGAGAACGCGUUGGGGUGGAACAGCCGAGGACUCCUCAAGGAAAGGACACCCAGGUCCCCUGCUCUGCAUGCAACAAGAGUCGUUUUCUAUUGUCGACUUACUUCUUUGAGUUGCCCCCUCAAGAACGCCAGGUUCGCCAUCUGGAACACAGCAAAUCAGAGCGGGUUCUUGUGAUGGACGCCACUCUGCCUGCUGUGGCAGAAGAAUUGUUGAAGGAGAUAGAAAAGGCUUUUCGUGAGACAUCACACGUGCCUGACAGCCACCUCCUGGCGCUUAAAUUCAUCUUUGGCACUUCUGCUGUCCCAGCAUUGGACUUGGUGGACCGCCAGUCUGUCACUCGAAUCGCAUCGCCCAGUGGACGGACUGUCUAUCAGGUGCAUGGCAGCUCCAACAAGCUCUACGUUUGCUAUGCAUCCUGCCACUUCUGCACGUGCCCGGCCUUCGCCUUCUCGGUCCUGCGGAAAGGCAGCAGCCUCAUGUGUAAGCACCUCCUUGCCAUCUAUCUCAGCUGGGCCAUGGGCCUGUGCCAGGAGCUGACGGUCUCGGACAAGCAGCUGACAGGCCUCCUGCUGCCAGCGGAGGAGGAGGAGGGAGGCUGACAGCUUUUCCUCUGUGAGAGAGAGUGCACGCUGGGUAUUUCUCGGCUCUUCGUGGGACAGCUCCGAGAGGCUUGCAGGGCCUUGGUCUCUGGCCAGGGAUUUCUGAGUGUUCCCCUCCUUUCUUGCUGUCCUUCUGCAGAGGUCCUCCCUGGCAAGUGAAGCAAAUGACAUGAAACAAGAAUUAAACUCAAGAACAGCGAAACCCGUACAAAGCAACCAUCCUCCUCUUGUUGCAGCAAAAUUGAACCGUCCGCCGAACUCCAAGGCCCAGUGACAAAAGGGAGGUCUUCUCCACCUUCCAAAAGGUGGUGAGGGUCGAAGUAAGUGGGGUCCUGCUUCUCACCCACAGGAAGGAGGCCCCAUCUCUCUGCUUCAUUGAAGAGGGCAGAACCUCCCUCGAGUGAGCAUUUGUGAUGGGUGGUCCUUCGCCUGCCCUGUACCCAGCCAGGUAUAGGGCAGGGUGGGUGCCCUAUGCCCGCCAGGGCCUUCUCAGUCAUGGCCCCCUGGGUUUGGGAUGCUUUCCUUGCUGGCAUCUGCUCCUCGGCCUCCAUCAUCGCAGUCCUUAGAAGCAAAGUAAAGACGGGGCUCUUCACCUAGGCUUUGAUAGGAGCGGACCGUUUUAAUGCAGCUGCCUUGUACUUGUUGAUAUUGUUUUUUAAACAUUUGAAUCGAGCUAUUAUUUUUGUAUUUAUGUUUAAUAUCUGUACUUUUUGUAUUUUAGUUAUGUAUUGUUUUAAUUCCAAUGUAAACUGCUUUGUUUUUAUUUCAAUGAAAAGUGGUAUUGAACAAUAAAUAACGGGCAACGGUG